CGACGGUCGGCGCGAGCGCACCCCGCGCACAGCCUCCGAGUGUACAGUGCGGAACGAGUGACGAGUGACGAGCACUACCGCAGUGAACAGUGCGCACCCCGUGUCCACAAGCUCAACCAUAGCAGCGACAGUGAGCGCGGCGCCGUCGCAGCUGCUGGCAGGCGCGGCGAGCGGGCCCGUGCGGAGCGGGGCAUGCGGGCCCCGCCACGCCGCACGCCCCAUGGGGCCCCGCGCCGCAGUCGCCCUGGCGCUGGCACUCGCCUGCUGCUGUCUGCUGCACUGCGCGGCGGGAGCAGGCGUGUUCGAGCUGCAGAUCCUGGAGUUCUCGAACUACCGCUUGCGGCUGAUGUCGGGUCGGUGCUGCGGCGGGGGCGACGCCGGCGGUGAGGUCGGCGCGGGGGGGGCGCCGUGCGGCCGCCCGUGCCGCACGCGGUUCUCGCUCUGCCUCAAGGAGUACCAGUCGGCGGCGGCGCCGGGCGCGUGCUCGUUCGGCCGCGCGGCGUCGCCCGUUCUCGGCACUGACUCCUUCACACUCGCCGACCCCCUCUACACUCUGGCACUGCCCUUCUCCUUCCGUUGGACGCGAUCGUUUACCUUGAUACUGCAGGCCUAUGACGACUACAACUACACAGAUCCAGACAAGGAGAGCGGUCUGAUCGAGGAGGCGUGGUGGUCUGGCAUCGUGGAGCCGGGCGCGGCCUGGCACGCUCUGCGUCACGCGGGCGCCGCGGCCGCGCUGGCCUACCGCGUGCGUGUCACGUGCCAGCCCAACUACUACAACAGCACGUGCACGUCCUUCUGCCGGGCGCGUGACGACCAGUUCGGCCACUACGCCUGCUCCGCCGCCGGCGACAAGCACUGUCUGCGGGGCUGGCAGGGCGACAACUGCGAGAUCCCUGUCUGUAAGGAAGGGUGCCAUCCGACGCACGGCCGCUGCGACAGCCCCGGCGAGUGUCUGUGUCGGCCGGGCUGGCGCGGCGAGUUGUGCGCGCAGUGCCAGCCCUACCCCGGAUGCAAGCACGGCUACUGCAACGGCUCCUCCUGGGACUGCACGUGUGACACCAACUGGGGCGGCAUACUCUGUGACCAAGAUCUAAACUUCUGCGGAACCCACGAGCCGUGCCAGCACGGCGGCACCUGCGAGAAUACCGCGCCAGACCAGUACUUGUGCAAGUGUGCCGAGGGCUUCUCUGGAGUGGACUGCGAGCGCGUGGACAACCCGUGCGCCCCGCAGCCCUGCGACCACGGCACGUGCGCGCUGGCGGCGCCGCCCCCCGCCGCCCCCGCGGGGUCCCCGGCGCCCGCGGCCGCCCCCUCGCCCGGCUUCGUGUGCACGUGCGAGCGGGGCUGGGGGGGCGCGCGCUGCGACCAGGACAUCGACGACUGCGCGGGGGCUCCGUGCCGGCACGGCGGCACGUGUCGCGACCGGCUGGACGCCUUCGUGUGCGACUGUCCCCCGGGCUGGGCUGGAGCCACGUGUGCCGACGGUGAGGACCUCCCCAUAGCCACAUGA